GAACUGUUGAAGAAUCCGACAUGCUAGCAUCUUGACUACCAACUUACACAGUAACUAACUUACCAAGUGCACCGCCCUCAAAAGAUGCGCCUGUCAGGCUGUCACUGCUGUCAGACUGCUGUCACAGCGAUCCGGUUCGAGCCGCUUGCUACAUACAGAUUUAAGGCUGAGCCCGAAACUUUCUCAGAACCGCUCAAAAGGAACCAAAAUGCUCAUCAAGCUUAACUAUAUCGUGUUCCUGAGCUUGAACCACUGCAAUAUGCGGAGGACUUGUUUCUUCAGAUUACGCCUCUUUCUCUCAUCAAGCUGGCAUCAACCAACAAGAAUGGUUCCAAUCUCAAUUCCCAUUUUUCAACCCGGCCCGGGGACGAGAAUCUCUCAUGGCUCUGCGGUUCCUCCAAGGUGCUGACUCUCCUUUCUCCAUUCAAUCUUCCAAUCCCCUACCCCCCUCUACAAUAGAGUUAUCCCCAUCCCCGCACUCGCUAGGUUCCUCACUGCGAUUUGCAAGUCUACAAGCUACCAGUUACUCCGCCACGGGCAUUGAGGAUAGCUUCGCAUCGCACCUGUGCCGUGCGGAGCUUAUUACUGGCUCCUCCUAUGUUCUCGGCCCUUUGCUUCUCGACGCUUCUAAGGAUUCGAUCUAGAUACUGGCACACAGGAGGUGGGGUACAAAGACGCCGACAUGGGCGCAGGUUGGUUGGUAUAUUUAUGUAGCCUCAGUACCGGAAAAAGAAGUCGAUAUUGGUGGAUUUGCGUUUAAUAUUUCCCUUACAAGAUUCUCACCCUGAUGCUAUGCUGGACAAAAGCAUAUAUAUGUAUGGUGCCGCUGCCAGUGUGGAAAACUUGUAACAUGUUCUGCGGUUUGAUUAGAGCUCUGUGUUUAGGUGGUUGAGCCCUGCUUGGCCGUUAUUAUCAUCUCCUGGCCUCCCUCUGGGCCUGCGUUCAAAAAUUCCAGAGUAUAGAUUUUUCCAGACAGCAGUGUCAUCGCUUCCUACCUACCCCCCGCCCAACCAGCUUCUGUUUAGGUUUUCUCUGUUUGUGCUUUGUGGCCCAUGAUUCCUAUGAGAGGGGGGUUUCUUCUACACAAUCCUCUGAUCCUCAAGUAGAGAUGCUCCCCUGAUUAA